AUGAGCCAAGAAGCAAAGAAAGCGCUGAGACGAGAAGUGACCGGCGGCGACGGCGGCUGCUAUGGCAGAUUGGUUGGGGCGGUGGGUUUAUUACAGGAGUAUUCGCGGUCGGAUCGGAAGGCUCGAGCUUAUGCUUUUUCCUCUUUCCGCUCUCCUCCCUCCUCCUCCCCCCCGCAGGCGACGGGGGCGGCCGGGUGGGACGGGAGGGAGUCCCGGCGGGAGGGCGGGCGGGAGGGGGUCUCCGCGGAGCUCCAGCCAGGGCUGCGGUGCGCCUGCACGUCACGGCUACUCAAACCCAAGCACGUCCCGAAAGCGGUAUUUUCUGCGUCUGGGAGGUUUUUGCAUCCUCAGUUCCCACCGCUGAGGCUGGCGGCGACCAACUCACCGACCUGUCGCAGCCAGAGAGCUGUCAUUUCAGCACCGGGAUUCAGAAUUGAUCCAGUCCGCAGCGGAGGGGGCACAUCCCAGCUCCCGAACUGCUGCGUGUCUCUGGCUGGAACAAUAGUAGUUUUUCUCAGCGACGCUGCAAUUAACAUCUUAUUUGUUCUGGCUCCAUACAGGCUUUGUCAGGACCGCGGUGCAGCGACCGAGGUUGGGCUUUUGCAUUGCUUUUCGCUUGGCAGUGGGAUCAUGGUGGUGGGGUCUAAACUUUUGUUUGGUUUUGUAUUCUUAAUGUAUCUGAUUCUUUUUCAAGUUUCCCUAGUAACAGGUUUGGGGACGGGGUGGGAAGAAACGAGAAAGAGGGGGAGGAGAGCUACCAGAUUCUCCAUAUAGACAGGAAAAGGGGAUAAAUUUCCACCACC